GAAAUCAGCCACACGAGCCGCUCAUGCGCCUCAGAAUUCUGAUCUUAGUCGAGUUUGAAGCGUCUUACGGAACACUGAUAUUUUCAAUUCAUAAACAAAACCGAACGCGUUUUUUUUUCGAGAGUGACUGAGUGAACGGAAUAUUAAAUUCUCACCAAUCGAAAAUUUCAACUGAUUUUCUCCGGCUGAUGCUUGUGAAUUUUAAAAUAAAAAUCGAUCCAGUCUUGCAACACUUCGGGGUUUUCGAAAGGGCGGAGGGUUUAGCGGUGCAACAUAAAUAUGGCGUGCCCAAAUGGCAAUGAACUAUACAACGACAGCAGUCAGGAUGGAGAUCAGCUAACUGAUGGUCCGGGUAAGGGUCUCCUCUACGCCGAGUACCUCCGCCUGGACAAGAUCCUUUCCGCCCAAACACUCCUCAGCGCGGUUUACGAUAAAGAGGUUCAUGACGAGCACCUCUUCAUCGUGACACAUCAAGCAUACGAAUUAUGGUUCAAACAAAUAAUCUACGAACUGGACUCGGUGCGAGGACUAUUCAGUCCCGAGAAGGACUUCAUAUCCGACGGUAAUGACGGACUAUCAGAAGCGAUGAAUUACCAGAGGCUGGACGAGUCCAGGACGCUGGAGAUCCUCAAACGACUGAACCGCAUCGUCCUCAUACUGAAACUUCUCGUUGAUCAAGUAACAAUAUUGGAAACCAUGACACCUCUCGAUUUCAUGGCUUUUCGCGAUUAUCUCUGCCCCGCGUCUGGCUUCCAGUCCCUCCAGUUUCGACUAUUGGAGAACAAACUCGGGGUGAAGAGUGAGCAUCGCGUACGGUACAACCAGUGCUACACGAGGGUUUUUGGAAAGCACCCGGAGGACAUCAACGCGAUCAAAAAAUCGGAGAAUGAACCGAGCCUGAGUUCACUGGUGCAGGGCUGGCUGGGAAGGACACCCGGGCUCGAGGACACUUGUGAGUUCAAUUUCUGGGGAAAGUACAGAACUGCUGUGGUCCGAAUGCUGGCUGAUCAGGAUGAACUAGCUCAGGAACAAACGAAAGAUCCUGUGCGGAAACACAUGUGUGCCAAUGUGGCGGCCAAAAGAGCGAUUUUUGAAACUGUUUUUAAUGAACCCCUUCAUAAUGCUCUUGUAGCGAGGGGUGAACGACGAUUCUGUCAUGCGGCACUCAAGGGCGCUAUAAUGAUAACGCUUUAUCGUGAUGAGCCGAGAUUUAGUCAGCCCCAUCAAAUACUCACAGCACUGAUGGACAUAGACUCAUUAAUUACAAAAUGGAGAUAUAAUCACGUGAUUAUGGUGCAGAGGAUGAUUGGCUCCCAACAAUUCGGCACGGGAGGUUCUUCCGGCUAUCAUUACUUGAAAUCAACCCUCAGCGAUAGAUACAAAGUCUUCUUGGACCUCUUCAAUCUCUCCACCUUCCUCAUCCCAAGGAAUUUGAUUCCACCGCUGACCAAGGAGAUGAAAUCAAAACUGUCAAUCGCGUGGGGCUGUCUCGCUAUCGAGGAUGAGUCGUCGGAUCAAACGGUCUCCGAGAGCUCCGUGGAGGGUUCAUUGUGAGAUUAAUGACACAACUGUCUAAUCCAAGUCUCCAAUACAAUAAAAAUAUUAGAAUGUUAUUUGGGUUAAAAAAUAUAUUAAUAGUCUGGAGAUUCGUUAGAAAUUGAACACAAGUCAAUAGCCUUCAAUUUUCUUAUCCAAUUGACUUUAUUAUGUUUUUUUCCUCUCGGAUAUAAAGGUUACUUAAGUAAAUAAUUCAUGGUACGUCGUUUCUCUCUUUUAACAUACAAUAAAUUAAAUAAUGACAUCCA